AUGCCUCUGCGCGGAUCUCGGUGGUGGGAGGGAGUGCUGUGGCUGAGGGAGGAUACCACAGCGGUUCAGAUGGAAAGCGAAGGACGCCGCAACAAAUCCUCCUCGAAGAAGUUUACCUUUGUGAAAGCUUCUUUUCUCUUCAAGCUAAAGACGUUCUUUGACGCUUAA